UUUUGUGGAACAGCCUCAACACGAAUUACCUACCGCUUGCCCUGCAACGGCGAUCGACUGUGGUUGCCAACACCCCAGCGCCAGGACCUGUCUCCAGGAUCCCGGAAUCGCCCAGCACCACCGCCAGCAUCAACAUCAAACCCAGCCAAUCCAGCCAUCCAAACAACAGCGGCGGCGGUGCAGAUAGCCACAGCUGGAGGCAGCCAUCCUGGCUAGACAGGAGCCCCUCGACCACCACAGACGGAUCCGGAACCAUGUCGAUGAACACCACCUACGACGCGCCCAGCAUUAGCAUGGACAACCCGCUGACGCAGCUGGUCAAGGAAGGCUGGCUGAUGAAGCGGGGGGAGCACAUCAAGACCUGGCGCCAGCGCUACUUCAUCCUCUACUCCGAUGGACGACUGACGGGCUACCGCAGCAAGCCGGCAGACAGUGCCAGCACAGCCUCGGAUUCACUGCUCAAUAACUUUACGGUGCGCGGCUGCCAGAUCAUGACCGUAGAUCGGCCCAAGCCAUACACCUUCAUUAUCCGCGGCCUGCAAUGGACCACGGUCAUCGAGAGGACAUUCGCCGUGGAGUCGGAAUUAGACCGCCAGCAAUGGACGGAGGCCAUCCGUCAGGUGUCCAGCCGGCUCAUCGAUGUGGGAGAGGUGGCCAUGUCGCCAUUGGUUCAGACAGACAUGUCCGACGUUGACAUGGCUGGCGUUGCCGAGGUGGAGCUCUCUGAGCAGUUCUCCGUGCAGGGCACCACCUGCAACAGCAGCGGCGUUAAGAAAGUGACUUUGGAGAAUUUUGAGUUCCUCAAGGUGCUCGGCAAGGGCACCUUCGGUAAGGUUAUCCUGUGCCGCGAGAAGGCCACCGCCAAGCUGUACGCUAUUAAAAUUCUCAAAAAGGAGGUCAUCAUCCAGAAGGACGAGGUGGCCCACACCCUGACCGAGAGUCGUGUUCUCAAGUCCACAAAUCAUCCGUUCCUCAUUUCACUCAAAUAUUCGUUUCAAACCAACGACCGCCUGUGUUUCGUGAUGCAGUACGUAAACGGAGGCGAGCUCUUCUGGCAUUUAAGCCACGAACGCAUCUUCACCGAGGAUCGCACCCGCUUUUAUGGGGCAGAGAUCAUUUCCGCCCUGGGAUACCUGCACUCGCAGGGCAUCAUUUACCGCGACUUGAAGCUGGAGAAUCUUUUGCUGGACAAAGAUGGCCACAUCAAGGUCGCCGACUUCGGUCUGUGCAAGGAGGACAUCACCUACGGCCGCACAACGAAAACCUUCUGCGGAACACCCGAAUACCUAGCUCCAGAAGUAUUAGAUGACAAUGACUAUGGCCAGGCGGUGGAUUGGUGGGGCACCGGCGUGGUUAUGUACGAGAUGAUCUGUGGUCGUCUUCCUUUUUACAAUCGUGAUCAUGAUGUGCUCUUUACAUUGAUUUUGGUGGAGGAGGUCAAAUUCCCACGCAAUAUUACAGAUGAGGCGAAAAAUCUGCUGGCAGGCCUUCUGGCCAAGGAUCCCAAGAAGCGAUUGGGCGGUGGCAAGGAUGAUGUCAAGGAAAUUCAAGCACAUCCCUUCUUUGCGAGUAUUAACUGGUCAGAUCUGGUGCUGAAAAAGAUACCGCCGCCUUUUAAGCCUCAGGUCACCUCCGAUACGGACACAAGGUACUUCGACAAGGAGUUCACGGGAGAGAGUGUGGAGCUAACGCCGCCGGAUCCUACCGGGCCGUUAGGCUCCAUAGCCGAAGAGCCGCUUUUCCCGCAGUUCAGCUACCAAGGAGACAUGGCCUCCACGUUGGGCACCUCGUCGCACAUUAGUACUUCCACCAGUCUCGCAUCGAUGCAAUAGAACAAGUUUACAAACUUUUACAAGCACACAUCAUGUUCUGCUUCAUCACCUAUUACUAUACUAUACCUAUACCAUAUAGAAAUGGGCAAAAGAAAACAAAAAGCAAGAAUAUAUUAAAUAAUAAUUAUACCAUGAUAACGAAGGCAAGCAAAGGGUUUUCUUGCUAGUUUAUAUACACCAAUAAUAAGAGAAUUGAAUUGAUAGUAACUUAUUUUUUAUAACGAGAAAAGGGAACGUUAAACGAAAAGGCAGCAGCCUUAGCCGAGGAAAAUAACAAUAUUUACUACAUAUGAUUAUACACAUAAAUAUAUAACACUUGGGCAUUGCGCUAAAAGUGAUUAGUUAAUUUUAAACGCAAGCAAAACAUUUCACUAAGCGACUCAGAGACGCUGCGUUAUAGAGUAGUAGGAUUAGGGCAUGCAUCCUACUAGACGCAUCGUCUAAGGGCCGCUUGAUCUGAAUGUUUAUACAGAUACAGAUUAUUCACGCAGACAGCACUCACGCAGACACUUAGCAUAUAGCAAACAUGAAGUUAAGUUAACUGAACAGCAACAAAUCGAAAUACACACAUUCAACCCCGCCCCCACAUGCAAAACUCGUAUAUAUACAUUAUUUAUACUCCAAAGAAGCAAAAAAGAAAGAAAUAAUUACGAGUUAUAUAUAAUGUUAAAAUUGCCUCUAAUGUGCUGUGCUUUAUGCAAAACUACAACAACAGAAACAAACAAACUAAUAGUUAAUAAACAACGGAAACUUACAUCAAUGCAGUUUAUAGGCGCCAAUAAUUAGCAAA